AUGGUGUCUAAGAAACGGAAGCAGUCUGGACAUACAAAAGUAAAGAAGAAAAAAGUCAAGACGACGAAGGUUUUGACUGCGUUAGAAAAGUCGAAAAGUAUACAGCAAGAGACUCAAACGAGUACAGAGGUGGUGAAGAACGAAGCUAUUGAGGACGAUGCGACAGAUUGUAAAGCCAUUGGACUACUAUCGGAGGAGUUAGUAGAGGAAUUAGGCGGUGAAGGUAUUGGUGGAAAGUUAGUGCUACCUAGUCGUCGUGCAAAGAAGGAAAAAGUUGACCAUGUGUCGAACGAGCUACUAGAACAAGCACAUCACAUGAGCAAGAGCAAACGCAAGAAAUUAGAGGCUAUUGCUGCUAAAAAAGUCAAAGAUGCGAGACGUGAAAGCUUGUUUAAGUCGUUACAGGAACAACAACUUUCACAAGACCAGAUGAAACUCAUGUAUAGCACGUCACAGUUGGGCCACAAGGAGACGCUGCGUGAGCGCCUGAAACGCUCGCUGAAUCGUCAAAAGGCAGGUCUGGAUCUGUCCAAAAGCGCUGAGCGGGAGCUUUAUUUGAAAAAGGAUAGAAGAAAUGAUGAAGAAGAAAUUGAUGAGCUAGUAGAGGAGACAGUAGGGUCUCAACUGGCUGAGAUCCCAGCACCAGUCCAAACCGAAGCCGCAUCUUUGAUUGUCAAUGAUGCUGUAGCCGGAAAGAGGAAACGUCGGAAGAAAAAGCCGUCGAUUACAAGUCGCUCAGUACCUAUGCUAUCCCCACAAAACGAACCUUCCAAUUUAGCGCAUGGAGACGCUGUAGCGGCGAAGCUCGAUGCUAACGUAGAAGUCGAAGACUUGGAUGAACGAUUACGAAGCACCACCUCGCAAACAGCAGCAAUGAUAAGGCUGGAAGCUUUGAGGAAGAAAAAUGAGGAAAAGCGUCAGCAACGUGCUCUUGCUGCAAAUUGCAGCCACUCUACUCCGCAAAAAGAUGAAACAAGUGUAGUAGACGCUUACGUGCCUAUACCCAUAACACUAAAGACUGCAGACGAGAUGAGAGAACUGAGCAAAAAGACAACCUUGACGUACAAAACGACGCUCGUUACACUGUCACGUAAUCCAGCAAUUCAACUGGCGCGAAUGCAGCUCCCAGUGUGCAGUUCCGAACAGGAAAUUAUGGAAGCAAUUAGUGAUAACGAUGUCAUCAUUUUGUGUGGCGAGACGGGUAGUGGCAAGACGACGCAGGUGCCGCAAUUUUUGUAUGAAGCUGGGUAUGGUCAUCCUGAUCAUCCAAUCAAUAGUGGACGCAUUGGGGUGACUCAACCGCGCCGCGUGGCUGCCGUGUCGACGGCAAAACGUGUGGCUGAAGAGCUGAAUGUACCUUUUGGUUCACCGGAAGGUCACGUCGGGUAUCAGAUUCGAUACGAUGCUGAACAUGUAAGUCAGUACACGCGCAUUAAGUUUAUGACAGAUGGUAUUUUGCUGAAAGAGAUCCAACAAGACUUUUUGCUACGUCAAUACUCAAUCCUUUUGCUGGAUGAAGCGCACGAACGUAAUGUGAAUACUGAUAUUCUAAUUGGUUUACUGUCACGGAUUGCCCCAUUACGCGCUCAGAUGGCACGAGAGGAAGAAGAAGCGUACGCGUUGUUGCUAAAAGAUGAGAAAGAGACAGCUGACAAACCUAUUAAGCCACUUAAGCUCGUGGUCAUGUCGGCAACAUUGCGUGUCGAGGAUUUUACACAAAACCACCGCCUGUUUCCAAACCCACCGCCUGUUCUUCGCGUAGACGCGCGUCAAUAUCCUGUUACUGUACACUUUAACAAGCGCACAAAUCUAGACAAUUAUGUAGACGAAGCGUAUAAGAAGGUGAUUAAGAUCCAUAAGAAACUGCCUGAAGGUGGCGUGCUUGUGUUUCUGACCGGGCAGCGUGAGAUUCUGAGAUUGUGUCGUCAACUUAGUCGCAUGUACUCGGUUGCUGCGCGGAACAAGAAGGCUGAAAAUUUAGCAAAUCGUCGCGUAUUUCGUGCUCAACGUCGUCAACAUAAUUUAGAGUUCCAGACAAGCAAAAGUAAUGAUUUUUUGAGGGAACAUGACGACAUUGAAGAAGAGGCUGAUUUAGAGGAAGCACACGUGUUUGGCAACGAUGAAAACGACGAGAUUAAUUCUGUGCCGUAUAUGCACGUGCUUCCUCUGUACUCGUUGCUUCCGAAUGAUGAGCAGAUGAAGGUUUUUGAGACGCCUCCGGAAAUGCAUCGUCUGAUCGUUGUUGCAACCAACGUGGCUGAAACAUCGUUGACUAUUCCUGGUAUUAAGUAUGUUGUAGACGCUGGACGUACAAAGGAACGCGUAUUCGACCUAGCUAACGGCAUUUCAUCCUUCCAAGUCCAGUGGAUAUCAAAAGCAAGCGCUGAUCAACGUGCCGGUCGUGCCGGACGCACAGGCCCAGGCCAUUGUUACCGUCUGUACUCGUCUGCUGUCUAUGACACGGAAUUCUCCAAAUUCUCAUCGCCGGAAAUUCUGUGCCAACCAAUUGAUGACCUGGUGCUGCAGAUGAAAGCUAUGGGUAUUCACAACGUCUUGCAGUUUCCAUUUCCGACACCUCCUGACCACCAGGCAGUGAAGAAUGCGCUGGAAACGUUGGUUAAUCUUGGUGCUAUCUCAAGUGAUGGUGACGAAGCUAUUACGAUGUUGGGCCGUACAUUAGUCAAAUAUCCAGUAGCCGCACGGUUUGCGAAGAUGCUGCUACUUGCACAAAAGCUUAAUGUUGUUGAGUAUACGAUCGCUAUUGUAGCGGGUCUUUCGGGUCACUCGCCGUUUAUAAACGCUAUGGACCGACGAGAAGAGGCAAGAGUGGAAGACGGAGAAGAUAAAAAUGAGGUCGAAGAAAUGGAAAAAGAGUGGCGAGAAGCUGAAGAAUUACGGAAACAUGCACAAUGGAUUGACCAAGAGAGCGACGUUCUCAGUCUUCUGCGUGCGGCUGGUGCAUAUGCUUUCGCUGGUGGUAGUAGCCAAUUUUGUACAACUAACCAUUUGCAUGAAAAAACAAUGCAGAAUAUGCUCAAGCUGCGACAACAAUUGACUCGAAUUGUAAACAAGUUGUACGCAGAAGAAAAGGGGUUUGAGGCUGUUCAAGUGAGUCCUAAGAUGCCACCUCCAGAUCUUGAGACGCAAGCUGUGUUGCGACAGAUUGUAGCUGCUGGAUUUUUGGAUCAUGUUGCGAAGCGUGUUCCAGCUGGAACGAUUACUGAAGGCACAAAAAUUGAGCGGAACUGUGCGUACAUUACAGCAUUGGGGUCGAUUAAAGAACCCGUGUACAUUCAUCCGCACUCGUCUGUCUUUACGCCUAAUCCAGGCAAGCUACCAGAAUUUGUUGUUUAUCAGUACAUAAUGCGUACGACACGUGCGUAUAUGAAAACUGUGACUGCAAUUGAACCCGAAUGGCUCGCUCGUAUCGGAAAAGACACACCUCUAUGUAAGUAUGGACCCCCGCUCGCUGAGCCUUCACCUUAUUACGACGGCAAGCUAGAUGAGGUUCAAUGCUACGCUAAAGCACAGUACGGGAUACAUCAGUGGUCGCUACCAGCGAUGCGCAUAGCGUAUCCUGAUGGAAGUACAAAGGACUCGAAAGAUGGACUAGGUGAUAAAUAUCGUUGGUUUGCCAAGUUCUUGUUGGAUGGCCAAGUCAUUUCAAGUUUUUUACCGUUUUCAAAUGCAUUGAAAGAAUCCAGUCAUACGUUGAUUCGAAAGAAGUUUGACAAGAAGAUUCAAUUGUUGGUUCUAACGCUUCAACAAAAUCGUGUCGCAUCACGUCGUGCACUUAUCAUGAAAUGGAGUCAACCAAACGGCAAAUUCUUUCUGAAAAAAGAGCUGCAGAGUUGGAUGAAGGAAAGCCAUCAAAAUACUUUCAGCCAAGUAUGGAAUUCACUAGUCGACGCAGCAGUGCAGGAGGAAAAGAAAUAG